AUGGAAAACCAGCACCAAUCAUCAAAAACUUCUGAAGUAGAUGCUCCUCUCCAUUCAACUGGAUUUGAGAUUCAAGAUUUGUCUCCAAAAAGGGUAUCUAGCUAUCUCCCUGUUACACAAAAGUGCUGCCAGCCCUUCAAGGUGCUGCACGGAGGGGUGUCGGCAUUGGUGGCAGAGGCUUUUGCAAGCAUAGGUGCCCACAUGGCUUGUGGUUACAAAAGAGUGGCUGGGAUUCAGCUGAGCAUCAACCAUUUGAAAAGUGUUGUGCUUGGUGACUUGGUCUAUGCAGAAGCUACCCCCUCUAAAACUCUAAAAAUUGAAUUUAGGGUUUUGUAG